GAAAACGGGCCCCAAACCCAGAUCCUUAUUGAGAAAAAAUUUCCCACCAUUGACAUGUCUCUCCUUCUCACCGUCGUCGUCCUCCUAGUCCUGGUCACUGUAUCAACCCGCGUCGUCUAUAACUGGAGUCGCUUACGGCAUAUUCCUGGCCCCCGAUCCGCAGGAUGGUCGAAAUGGUGGCUCCUCAAACGUACAUGGAAUGGCACGAUCCACAUGGAAACUGCAGAACAGAUAUUCAAACAUGGCCCUCUCGUUCGAAUCGGUCCAAAUGAACUUGUGACCUGCGACCCGGAAACUCUUCGAAAAAUCACCGCCGUUCGAACCCCAUACCUUCGAUCAGAUUGGUACGACGCCAUCAAAAUCGACCCUGAUCGUGCCAAUAUUCUCUCUGAACGUAAUGUGGAACGCCAUCAGUCUCUCCGCGCGAGAAUGGCACCCGGCUAUGCCGGAAAGGAAAAUCUGGACCUGGAGAAGUCCAUCGACGAGGUCGUCGCUAGCUUCAUCCAGCUGAUUGAGACCAAAUACUUGUCCACGGAUUCCGAGUACCGUCCAUUGGAUUUCUGCAAAAAGGCACAAUACUUGACUCUCGAUCUCAUCGGCAAAAUUGCCUUUGGCAGACCCUUUGAAUUCAUUCAAAAUGACACCGAUAUGUUCUCGUACCUCCAGACCACCGAGAACACCAUUCCAGUCAUGAUGUUAGUGAGCGUGUUUCCAUUGCUAGCUCAGAUCUUCCAGUCACCGCUCUUGAAGAGUGUUUUGCCUAAGAACACGGAUGCCUAUGGCUUGGGCAGAAUCAUGGGCCUAGCAAAAGAGGUCGUGCAGGAACGUUUUGUGCCCGACGCCAAACGCAAAUGGGACAUGCUCGGCUCAUUCGUCGCUCAUGGCCUAUCUCAGGAGGAAGCCGAGUCUGAAACUCUGGUACAGAUUCUCGCUGGAAGUGACACGACCGCAUCGGCCAUCCGUGCCAUUAUUUUACAUGUCAUUACCAACCCACGAGUCCAGACCAAGUUGCUCAAUGAGAUCGCGGCCGCCAAGGUCAGCAAACCCGUUACCGACGCCGAAGCAAAGGCACUGCCAUACUUGCAAGCGGUUAUCAAAGAAGGCUUGCGUAUCCACCCACCAGUGACGGGCCUCAUGCUGAAAGUGGUUCCCCCUCAAGGCGACAAUGUACUGGGAUACUAUUUGCCACCAGGGACCAAGAUUGGAUAUUCUGCCUUUGGCCUCUUCCUCAAUCCCAAGAUUUGGGGCAACGACGCGAAAAUCUACCGCCCAGAGCGCUGGCUAGAAGGGACGGCGGAGGAGAGGCGCCGUAAGGAAAACAAUCUGGAGCUGGUUUUCGGUGGAGGGAGGUCCCAGUGUCUCGGAAAAGCCGUCGCGGCGAUUGAACUGAAUAAGGUUAUUCUCGAGUUACUGCGAAAUUUUGACUUCACCGUCGCCGAUCCUCAGAAGCCGUGGACCUCGUUCAGUGCAGGAGUAUUCUUUGUCACCGACAUGUGGCUCCGCGUCACAAAGAGAGAGCCCCAAAUCUAGGGGCACUCGCUUCCCCAUGGACCAGGAGAAUCGGGAGUGCCACGAACGUGGACAAUGAUAUGCUCUGCGGUCUCUUGAUGCUUCAAUGAUUGAACGAACAACUAAAUGGAGGGCCUGAUAUGCGCUGGCAUCAGUUAUCCCUGUUUCAUUGGGGGUGAAUGGGCACAUGCACCUAGAUUGAUGAGAUGAAUAUGACAUCGCACAUGCAGACCCAUAACAAUAGGGUGGCACAAAGUCCGACCUUCGCAGGGCAAUUGAUCGUUAACAUGGGGUCGUUCAAGUUGAUAGCAUGGUCUUUCAGCCCAAGACUUUCCUAGUCUAUCUUAUGCUAGCACAGAUACAAAGCACAAUAAAG